CCUUGAAAAAGCAGCAGUUAUUGCUUAUUCCGCCAUGUCCGGCCGCGGCAAGCAAGGAGGCAAGGCCCGCGCCAAGGCCAAGUCGCGGUCGUCCCGCGCCGGGCUGCAGUUCCCAGUGGGUCGCGUGCACCGGCUGCUGCGCAAGGGCAACUACGCGGAGCGCGUGGGCGCCGGCGCGCCGGUGUACAUGGCGGCGGUGCUGGAGUACCUGACCGCCGAGAUCCUGGAGCUGGCGGGCAACGCGGCCCGCGACAACAAGAAGACCCGCAUCAUCCCGCGCCACCUGCAACUAGCUGUAAGGAACGAUGAAGAGCUCAACAAGUUACUAGGAGGAGUCACCAUUGCCCAGGGUGGGGUCCUCCCCAAUAUCCAGGCUGUCUUACUACCGAAGAAAACGGAUAGUCAUAAGCCUGGAAAGAACAAAUAACUUAAGUAUCCUUUCCCACACAAAAAAGGCUCUUUUAAGAGCCACCAAAGUGUCAACCAAAGGGCUGGUCACAAACUAGCGCGUUAGCUCCUUUUAUGAAGAUU